UUUUAGUCGCAAAAAAAAAUUCGCACUGAACAGAAGUUAUUCGCCAAUUUAAUUACAAUCGCACACGAAAUAGCAGUAUUAUUGUUCUUACCACCGUUUGUUGUGGUUGUUGUUUGCAUUUUAUUCUUUUUUUUUAUAGUGUUUUACCAUCGAGUGUGCGUAAGAGUAUCAAAAAAAAAAACAAAAAACUUAUACAGAUAGCGCGAUAGGCAAUUAGUUUGUGGAGUGCAAAACUCGAAAGUUUCUGCGCGUAUUUAGCCUGCGUUUUCGAGUCGCAACAUCUGCGUGGAUCCAUCCGGAAGGUUCCGCAGGCUCCGAAAGAGGCUCGUUUUCGAAUUCCAGCCGUAGUUGGAAUCGAACCCGGUACAAAGGACAUCGCAAGCGCCGGGCUAUGCAGAGCUACGCGGACGCACUGAGUGCCAAGGGCUAUCGCAGCUUCGGAUUCGAUACGGACAUGGAGAUGGACAUGGACAUGGGCUGCACUACGAUGCGGCGCAUCGAGAAGCGCAAAGGCGGUGAUCUCGCCGAUUCACCGGUGGAUGAGAAGGCCGAAGCUGAUGUGGAGGUGACCAACGAGAUCUCGGCGCCCUAUGAAGUGCCCCAAUUUCCCAUUGAACAGAUCGAGAAGAAGCUGCAAAUCCAGCGCCAUCUCAAUGAAAAGCAGGCUACAGGACCUAGACCAGUGGCCACAGCCGCCGUAUUGGCCACAAACAGGGAAUCAUCCAGCAGCACCGAGGGCCGCGAGUCCGCCGUUACUAUGGAGAGAAACGAUGCGGACAUUAACUUUCAACGGGUCUCAAUUUCGGGUGAGGACACCAGUGGCGUACCGCUCGAGGAUUUGGAGCGGGCCUCGACCCUGCUGAUCGAGGCACUGCGCCUGCGUAGCCACUACAUGGCCAUGUCGGAUCAAUCGUUUCCCUCGACCACGGCUCGAUUCCUCAAGACAGUGAAGCUCAAGGAUCGCAUCAACAAUCUGCCCGUCAAGGAGGUGUCGGGUGAGUUCUUGUAUUCCAUCAAUCCAAUCCCGUAUUCCCAUAAGGAAGAGUGCAAAGCUAUCUUCUGGUCUUCCCUUGUACAGUGGUAUCUUCAACUUAUGCAUGGACUGGGUUGGUUUUGUGGUCUAAACUUAAACGCUACUUUGGUGUAUUUAAUUCGCUGUAUUUUAUAAAAUCGACCCAGCCCAUCGCAAAUUUGUAAAUAUGUAUGAAAUAAUGUGCAAUAAUGUACAAUUGCCCCUAAGUGUUGUGAUGCACCCAAUUAUGAAUAUUAUUAAUAUAUGGCAAUUAAUUCACUUGCGAGUGAAUAAUGUAUAAUACAAGUUCGUAUUAGCGGGUGUUUUGUGUGAACUGUACUUGCCGGCGUUGCCAACUCAUUUAAUUGCAGAGGUUAGCUCGUGUGUCCGUCUCUUUCUCGCCUCCGCCUUAGCCGCCUCGCUCCGUUUCGUUUUCAUGUCCUCCGUUUUUUUAUUUAGAGCCUUUAACGAGCAACUGUGUACAUACUGUGUAUAUGUUUGAGCCUUUUUAGCCCCCUUUUUUUAUUUCAAUUUGUUGAUUUAUUAUCGACUAUUUAUUUCUCUUCUCGUAUUUUUCAUUAUUUCUUAUAGACAUCAUUCGCAAAAUGAGUGUAGCGAACAUACAAGGUAAUUCGUGUGCACACCCGAUUUUCCUGCCUUCCCGCUUUCCGCCUAUCCAACUAUUCCACCACGAUCAACAAGAACAACUCCUCCUUCUGUUUUUCUGCCUGAAAUUUGAUUUCCGUUGAGCACUGCUUUAUCUUGUUUUGUGUUCUUAAUGGUUACUUCACGCUCCUAACCUCAAAAUAGAGAUAGAAACGCUGCUUUCAACGCAUAGAGUGUGGCCAGCUUUUGGUUAUUCAGUGUGAUUGUAAUUAAAAAACAAAUACAUAUGUUUUCUGAAUGUGUUAAUGACCAAGCUUAAAUCUAUAAUAAUAAUUUAUGUUACCUGUUCCCCAGUUCGCAUAAUAGUUUAUAAGAUUAAUUGCUGCAUCCGAUUUGUACAAUCGUGCAAAGGUUACUAAAUUGGCCGUCCUAACCUUCAGUUGUCUGCCUCUCCCGCUGCAUUAAACACAAUGCUGGCCACACUAAUCUCUAGCUAUUUCGCCCGCUAUAAAAACUACACUUUGCAGAAUUGAACUUUCUGUCAAACACUCGCAUGUACAUAUGUAUUCAUUGACCGUUUAUUUUUUCACUUCCACUGUGUUUCUGCAUAUGUUACUUGCGUGUUCUAUAUAUUUGCCACCACAAAAGAACAACAACAACACGCCCCAGCUAAAAUCAUAAACGAUAUAAAAGCUUAAACUCUCACCGUUCCUCACUUACUUUUUGGUCCUUUGAAAGGGAAAAGCCUUGUACAAAAGGAAAGACUCAACUACUCCACUUUGAAAGCUUUUGUAGCGCACGAGUGGAACUCAGAUGUAUUUUCUAGUAUCCUGUUGUCCUUUAAAUUAAUAGGGAUUAAUUUAAGAUAUCAAAUCGUAAUUUAAUUUUGCUUCAAAAACUAAAAAGAAAAUUCGAAGCUAGAAUAUUUAAAAAGGUGUACUGAUACUGUACGGAGGUCCACUCUAAAGCACGUCGUACACACCAAAUACUUACUGACAAUAACACUCGCACAAACACCUGAGUGUAGAGUGUUGUCUUUGCCACUAACUGUACCAAUUACCAUUGCUGCUGCGAUCGCCUUAAAAACUAAAACAAUUUCUAUUUUUGAAUUUGAAUUUAACACAAACACACACGUCUCAACUUGCUUCGAAACUGUUAAGAAUCUGCAGAUGUCCAUUUGAGACAUUCGCCAAUGAAGAUUACGAAUCCGUGGAACGUCGAGUUUCCCAAUGACGAAGAUUUCAAGAUUAAGCCCCUCAACGGAGUGUUUCACAUUUACGAGAAUGAUGACGAAAGCAGUGAGAUCAAAUACGAAUAUCCAGAUAUGAGCCAAUUCGUAAACGACAUGCAGGUCAUGUGCAAUAUGAUUGCCGAUGGGCCAUUGAAAUCCUUCUGCUAUCGACGUCUCUGUUAUCUGUCGUCCAAGUAUCAGAUGCACGUGCUCCUCAACGAGCUGCGUGAGCUGGCUGCCCAGAAGGCGGUGCCGCAUCGCGAUUUCUACAACACCCGCAAGGUGGACACCCACAUCCAUGCCGCAUCGUGCAUGAACCAAAAGCAUCUGCUGCGCUUCAUUAAAAAGACGCUGAAGAACAACGCCAACGAGGUGGUCACCGUCACCAAUGGCCAGCAAAUGACACUGGCCCAGGUGUUCCAGUCGAUGAACCUGACCACCUACGACCUGACCGUCGACAUGUUGGACGUCCAUGCCGAUCGCAACACGUUCCAUCGCUUCGACAAGUUUAACUCCAAGUACAAUCCCAUCGGGGAGUCGCGGCUCAGGGAAGUCUUCCUGAAGACGGACAACUAUCUGAAUGGCAAAUACUUUGCACAGAUCAUAAAGGAAGUGGCCUUCGAUCUGGAGGAGUCCAAGUACCAGAACGCCGAGCUGCGUCUCUCCAUCUAUGGCAAGUCGCCGGAUGAGUGGUACAAACUGGCCAAGUGGGCCAUCGACAAUGAUGUGUACAGCUCGAACAUUCGCUGGCUGAUCCAGAUACCCCGUCUCUUCGACAUCUUCAAGUCGAACAAGAUGAUGAAGUCAUUCCAGGAGAUCUUGAACAACAUAUUCCUGCCGCUCUUCGAGGCGACAGCCCGACCCAGUAAGCAUCCCGAGUUGCAUCGCUUUCUGCAGUACGUGAUCGGAUUCGAUUCGGUGGACGAUGAGUCCAAGCCGGAGAAUCCGCUCUUCGACAACGAUGUGCCACGUCCGGAGGAGUGGACCUACGAGGAGAAUCCGCCCUAUGCCUACUAUAUCUACUAUAUGUACGCCAACAUGACGGUGCUGAACAAGUUUAGACAAUCUCGCAAUAUGAACACCUUUGUGCUGCGGCCCCAUUGCGGCGAGGCUGGACCCGUGCAGCAUCUGGUUUGCGGCUUCCUCAUGGCCGAGAACAUCUCCCACGGCCUCCUGUUGCGCAAAGUGCCCGUGCUGCAGUAUCUGUAUUAUCUGACCCAGAUUGGCAUCGCCAUGUCGCCGCUGUCGAACAACUCCCUGUUCCUCAACUAUCAUCGCAAUCCGCUGCCAGAGUAUUUGGCCCGUGGCCUCAUCAUUUCCCUCUCCACGGAUGAUCCCUUGCAAUUCCACUUCACCAAGGAACCCCUCAUGGAGGAGUACAGCAUUGCGGCACAGGUGUGGAAGCUCAGCUCAUGCGACAUGUGCGAGCUGGCCAGGAACAGUGUGAUGAUGAGCGGAUUCCCACAUGCCAUCAAACAGCAGUGGCUGGGACCCAUCUAUUACGAGGACGGUAUCAUGGGCAACGACAUCACGCGCACCAAUGUGCCAGAGAUCCGUGUGGCCUAUCGCUAUGAGACACUGCUGGACGAGCUGUCCAACAUCUUCAAGGUGAACCAGACGUGCUCCAUUGCAGACAUGAACGCCACAUAGUCUGGUCCAUGCGGUACAUCUGCUCCAUCGCGUUGUUGUGGCUUCCUAUGCUAACUUAAUGCAAAUUACGCAGAUAUAUACGCUAGUUAUAUACAUAAUUUAAAUGUUUCUGUACUAACCAAAAUGUAAACGCGGCAGACCAAAACCUUUAAAUAUACAAAACUUGUACACGAAACUUCC